AUGGCACCAAAGCGAAAAAAUCCACGAAAGGCAGUAAAAAACGAGGAGGACAGUUUAAUGCAACGAGUUUGUGCCAAUAAAAGGGAGCGACAACGAACGAAGGAAUUGAAUGAUGCGUUCUCAAUACUCCGGAAAAUCAUUCCAUCUAUGCCAUCGGAUAAAAUGAGCAAAAUCCAUACGUUACGAAUCGCCUCCGACUACAUUCGUUUUUUAGAUCAGAUGAAACGUGAUGACUGUAAACUGUUCGGUGUUGACAUUUUUGAUGAGAAAGGUGGUUACGGCUUGCAAACAUCGUUCAACAUUUGGCGUGGAAGCAACGGAUUGACGCAAAGCAGCUCCAUCGGUGAGAAAUUUCCCUCUGGUCUGAUGCCACCAAUGGGAAUUCCAGCAUCGAUGCCGUGUCCAAUUCCUCAUAUGAAUUAUUACAUGACCGGUUAUAUGAUGAAACCUGGUGAGUGA